GUCAAAGCUGGAAGAUUUAAAACAAUUUCACUUUCAAUCUACUAGGACAAGUCCGAUUAUUUUUGCAUCAUCAGCAGCCUAAAUUGCCUCAUAUAAAUUUUUCUUAGGAAGUUGAGACUUUUUAAAUAUUGAAAGCCAGAGAUGCAACAUGGACAAAGUUGAAAAAGACAAAGAUAUAUCGUUUGGAUACUUCCAAAACCAAAGUAAAAACCCAGCAAGAACUUGGGUGCUAGUUAUUCAUCACGAGUUUAAGAAUACCGAUGAUGUGAGAGAAGGUAACCAGGAUGAUGUCUCCAAACUAUGCUCAACAUUCACGAGAAGAAAAUGUCGAUUCAAAGAUUUAAAGUCUAUUACAAAAGAAGAAAUCUUAAGCCUUCUAGGAAAUCGCGACAAUUUAUUUUCACUCUUUACUGUGAAUGGAGAGGAAGCCGAGACACCAGAAAUGUUUAUUUUGUUCAUCCUUUCGCACGGUGCUUCAAGCGGAACUAUCUUCACAGACCAUCUAGCGAAGAAACCAAACGAUCCUAAUCAACCUUUCGAGGAGUACCACACUAAUGAUGUGUGGAAUCGACUCAAGGUGAUUCCUCAGUUGCAAGACUGCAUCAAACUUAUCUUUUUCGGACCAUGCCGCGGCACAAGUGAUGAAAUCCGCCUGCCGGCAAGCAAAGAAAUCCUCGAGAAGAAUCCAGUGGAUGAUAAAUCAAUGUGGUUCUCUAUUCAACCCAACUGUGAAAAUUUAAUUAUUUUCUAUUCCACAGUUGAAGCUGUGAGGGCUCAGAGGAACAGAUUGGGAACCUGGCUUGUGACGGGGUUUUGCGAAGAGCUUGACAGCAUAACGAAGGACGUGGAUUUAAUUAUCUUCCUUACUGGGGUGAAGUGGCGAAUAUGCGAGAAAGCUACCAUGAAUGGAGCGUUUGGCCAAACUCCGCAGCUUCAGUUCUCGAGCCACAAGAAGUUUACCGUUUCAAGUUUUCCAAUGGUAGAAAAAACAGACGCCAAAUCAAAAACUGAUCCUGAACUGCUGGUCAAAAAGGAACAAAAUCGCUAUUACUUAUGGAGAUCCACCAACAAACUUCCAUAUAGAAGAGGACGCGCUUUGAUUUUCCACGAUGAUAAGCACGUAUUUUUAGCAAAAGAAAUGCAGAUCAGCUUCCAAAAUUUAGAUUUCGAAACAAGAUUGUACAGUGUGCAACGUUUGAUUAAAGUAGUGCAAGAAGUAACUUCAGUCCACAAUUCAGGACUCUCUGAAGACGGAGCCAUUGUUAUUUGCGUUUUAGCAAGGUUGCUUAAUAACCCUGAGCUGGGAUUGACCAUCAUAUAUCACAAGAGACAAAAAAGUUGCUGCGAAUGAGAUAACUCAUUCAUUUAUUGGAACCAAGUCCAGCGAUCUAGCUGGAAAGCCUAAAUUGUUCUUCUUUCUGGACGGCGGCUACAGAGACGACGGUCCUUUGAUUGGAUUGACUCCAGCUGCCUUUACGUUGGAAGGAAACAAUCACGGGGAAAUAUUUACAUUUUUCGGAUCUGCUAAGUCUGAGAAGAAUAGCAUCUUUAGUGGAUUGAUAGAAGAGCUGCGGAAUCCAGAGCUGAAAAGUAACCUUAGUUUGCAAGAGGCGAUUGUGAACCUUUUGCAUCAAAACAAAGAACCAGACGGUGAAAUACAUUUCCAGGUGGUUAGCACGUUUUGCCAUCUGCUUACCUUUCAACCUUGCAGAAAUGUCUACAUAGAGCCUACCUUCACAACGAAAGUGAAAGAAGCAGAAACGACAUCAUUCGAGGAAUUAGUGAUGAAAAUAAAAGAUGCGGCGACGAAACCUUAUGAUCGAUCUAUAAACCGCUCUUGGUUACUUCGAUCAGGUGCCGGAAUGGGAAAAUCUGCGGCGACAAACGAGCUGGCCAAAAGACUGCGGGAAAAACUGCCAGACACAUUUCUCGUCAUUCAUUUUUCUUUCAAAACAUACUGCCAGUACUUUCGUGAAUUAAAAGCCGAUUCCUGUGGAGAGUUUAAGCCUGGGCCAGAUUGGUACAUCAAAUUUC